CGAUGCGGUCGUGUGUUGUGCGGUUAUGGUGGACGAGGUCCAGGCGCACCGCCGGCAGGUUAGAACACUGAGCGACUCUUCCAGGAGCGAUGGUUCUACCUCUUCGGGCUCAGAGCUAUCUGAAGCCUCCGUUGGGAGGGAAGAGCCAGUGUAUUCCAGACAAGGACAACAGCCUCGAUCUAGGAAGCAGAACAUACGCGAACUACGGGACGAGUUCGAGGACUAUCCGGAGCUUUACGGAAUUCGAAGAUCUGGUCGGUGCAGAAAAGAACCAUUUCGCUUUAAGCCAUCGGAUGCUGCGGCAGCUCGUAUCAGACGCAAGAAACGUGACUCGGAUGGCGAUUCUGAUGGCGAAGGUCAAACUACUGACGAUAGUUCUGACAGUCAAUGGAACGGAAAGGCAAAGCGGCCAAAUCGCUCAGUUCGAACCCGCGGGAAUCGGGUGAACUACAAAAACGCAUUUCUGGAUGACAGCUCUGACGAAUCAGAAGCGGAGGGUUAUGACCGCCGUCCAGCUGCAAACAAUCGAACUUUGCAAACCAGCACACAAAACAGUCAGCAGACAACCUUCCAGAAACCCAAAGGUCCUCUGGUCAGGAAACUAUGUUCAUCUAGGCUGGCAGCCAGGACUGAUUUCGAUGGCAAACAGUCGGGUGGAUCCCCUCAGUUGUCAGAUGAGGAGUUGGCGGACACUCCAUAUCAAGAUGCCGACUGGGGUGAGGCUGAGGAGGCUGAUGUCAUCGAAGAAGUCCUUACUCAUGCUGUUCGCCGUAAGGGUGCACUUGGAAAUCCCACUACCUUGUACAAUACGAAGCUCGAGAAGGAUUUGAACGCAGAUUUUGACCCAUCUUCAGAACCUGGUGAACUUCAGUUCCUCAUCAAGUGGCGUAACUGGAGCCAUAUCCAUUCUACCUGGGAAACUGAGGCUUCUUUGAAGAGUCCAGACCGUGGUUGCCCCGUUUACGGAUUUAAAAAGCUAGCAGCUUACCAGGCCUCGUUAAAACAAAAAGAGGAGAAUAUGCGCUUUGCAGAACGUGAAGAUUUAGAAACAAUGGCUUAUGAGGAGGAACGCAAUGAACAAAUAUUAUCCGACAAGAUGCAGGUGGAGCGGAUCGUCGCUCACAGUCGAGAUCCGGAAACCAACACGUUUGAUUAUCUGAUUAAAUGGUGUAGGUUGGAUUAUCGCUUUUGUUCUUGGGAGUCUGGUAAAGUCGUCCGUGCUUUGUACCCUCCUGCGGUUGAAAAUUAUGAAGCGCGUUGUCGUUCCACAGAACUUCCAAACAACAAAUGUGAAGUGUUACACACACGUCCAAAGUUUGCACCUCUCACUGAGCAACCGGACUACCUAGGCGACUCAGCAGAUUUAAAACUCCGGGACUAUCAGUUAGAAGGAAUCAACUGGAUGUUACGUGCUUGGUGCCGUAAUAAUAGUGUCAUUCUGGCGGAUGAAAUGGGGUUAGGAAAAACCAUUCAAACAAUCGGAUUUUUAUCCUGUCUAUUUCAUGAGUACAAAUUGUACGGCCCGUUUUUGAUAGUGGUUCCGCUAAGUACGGUCUCCAGUUGGCAGAAAGAGCUGCAGUUGUGGGCUCCCAGAAUGAACGCGCUUAUAUACACCGGUGAUCACGUAUCUCGUCAGUUGAUCCGUGAGCAUGAGUGGUCUGCUGGUAGCUCUGGUGGUUCCAGACGUCAGCAGGUUCUGAAAUUCAAUGUAUGCAUAACCACGUAUGAGAUUCUUCUCAAAGACAAGUCCUGGUUGGGCCAAGUUUCAUGGGCUUUUCUUGGUGUUGAUGAAGCACAUCGUCUGAAGAAUGAUGCCAGUCAGUUGUAUAAAACGUUGAAGACAUUUGACACUAACACCCGACUGCUCAUUACAGGCACUCCGCUGCAAAAUACAAUGAAGGAGCUUUGGGCAUUACUGCACUUUAUCAUGCCUGAGAGGUUUCCUGUUUGGGAGGAAUUCGAAGGGUCGUACAGUGUUGCUGAAGAUGAUCCAGCUGCUCGAGUCGAUGGAGAGGCCUUUCAUCACCUUCACAAGGUUUUGCGUCCUUUCUUACUUCGACGUGUGAAGAAGGAUGUCGAAAGUUCCCUACCAGAGAAGAUAGAGCGGAUCCUAAGGGUCGAUAUGACAAAAGAACAAGCGAAUAUAUACCGCCUUAUCCUUGCCCGUAAUUAUGAUGGACUCAUGAAAGUCACUCGUGGCCACAAGGCCUCAUUCAUUAAUAUUGUUAUGGAGCUCAAGAAAUGCUGUAACCACGCUCACCUCAUAGCGCCUCCUCAAGAGAACGACAAGCGACUAUGGACUAAUGAUGAGUAUUUAUGGUCCCUCAUACGCGGAAGUGGCAAAAUGACGUUGUUAGACAAAUUGUUGCAGCGCCUUAAAUCCAAGGGACACAGAGUCCUUAUCUUCAGUCAGAUGGUCCGUAUGCUGGACCUAAUUUCUGACUACCUGACACUUCGGGGUUGGGGGUUUCAACGACUUGAUGGAUCUAUCCGCGGUGCACUGCGCAAACAGGCUUUGGACCAUUUCAAUGCAGAUGGUUCCACCGAUUUCUGCUUUCUUCUUUCAACUCGUGCCGGUGGUUUAGGCAUUAAUCUCGCGACUGCUGAUACGGUCAUAAUUUUCGACUCGGACUGGAAUCCUCAGAACGACUUGCAAGCUCAGGCACGCGCACAUCGAAUCGGCCAGACCAAGCAAGUUUCUGUCUAUCGAUUGGUCACUCAAGAGUCUGUUGAAGAAAAAAUCAUCGAGAGCGCUACCAGGAAAAUGGUCCUUGACCACCUCGUAAUACAGCGAAUGGACUCAGCAGGUGGCAGUCGGAGUGCUGUUAGUAGGAAGGGUGAGACCUCCAAAGGCCAGUUGUUAACGGAGAUUCUACGUUACGGAGCUGAAGGCCUGUUCAAUCGGAAUGAUGAAGAUGUCGCAGAACUCGAGGUCGAUAUUGACGACAUUCUGAACCGAGCAGAAACGCGAGAUACUGAUGCAACGGCAGAGGCCCAUCCAGCCAACGCACUUUUAUCUUCGUUUAAAGUAGUUACUCUUGACACUGUUGAUGAUGAUAUGGAUAGCAAUCAUCCACUAGCUGUGGGUCCCGAAAAGUCGUGGGAUGAGAUCAUACCGAGUGAGUUUCGCGGACAGUUAAAGGCAGAAGAGAUACAGAAGACGCUAGUCGAACUCGAACUUGGUCCCCGUAGAAGAAAGCAGGUUAAGGCUUUUCAAGCUGGAAUGGAUUAUUCCUCAGAUGAUUCCUCUGAGGAGCAAGAUGGUAAAGCUGCCCCCACCCAAUUAUCUGAGAAAGAAAUUCGUGCACUUGUGCGCGCAAUAAAACGGUUUGCACGUCCUCUAGAGCGGAUAGAUGCAAUAGCCGCAGAUGCGGAGCUGCCGGAUCGAACAGAAAAGGAACUUCUGGAAGUGGUUGAUGCUGUUCUCAAAGGAUGCCAGUCAGCGAUGGAAAUAGCCAACCAAGCUGUUAACGAGGAAGCGCAGAAACCCACUAACAAAGGUCCCGUCUUUCAAUACGGUCGUGUUUCCAUUGCCGCAAAACCAUUACUUCAGAGUUUGGAGUAUCUAGAAACUUUACAUCAAUGUCUUCCGGAGGGCGGGAAAGAAGCGCGAAUGAAUUUUGAAUUGCCGUUUGUCCCAAAACUGGUUACCUGGUCGUGUCCGUGGGAUGCGUCGGACGAUGUUCGUCUUUUGGCCGGUGUCUACGAACAUGGAUAUGAUAACUGGGAAGCCAUCAAAUUAGAUGCGGAUCUUGGACUCGGGUCUAAACUACUUCCAAUGUCGGCUUCAGAGCGACCGCAAGCCAGCCAUAUACGAUCACGUGUUGACUAUCUACUGCGAAUGCUUGCGAAGCACAGACAACCCCUAACGGGUGUGAAUUCUCCCGAUGUUGCGUCUGGUAAGAAGCGAAAACGUACUGAAACCGACGGUAAGCCUACGGAUUCUCACUCAAAAUACAAGACGGAAUCUCAUAGAAGGAGCAAAUCGAACUUGAAGAUCACGCCUUCAGCAGCUUCCUUAAACUCAUCGAAGCCUAAGUCAGCAGAGUUUGUUGAUACUGAUGAUUCCUCUUCCGACUCUGAAGAGACAGAGGACACAAAACCGUCCAAUGUUCCUGUAGCUACCAAGCGAUCGAAGCUGGAGUCAAAGAAUAAGACAGAUUCGAAACAAAAGUUACACAAACAUCAUGAUUCUGUGGUCGGGUCUGAAUCAGAGCCAAAAUCCAGUGAAUCACUUGCGAGCACCCUGUCCUUCACUUUGUCUAUUAAUCAAGAGGAUGAGGAGGAAUUCCGGAAAAUGCGAGGUCCACUUUUUCUGAAGUGCAAAGAAAAACUUUUGCCUAUCAAGAAACAUUUCAAACAUCUGGAGCACCUAGAAGAUUCACCCGAAGAAGAUGCAAAACAGUUUUCCAAAGUUGUUCUUCGGAUAGGUGACUAUAUACACAAUCUCGUGCAUGAGAUCACUGAUAAGAAAAAUAAACACUUAUGGAAAGGCUACUUUUGGGAAUUCGUUCAGAUAUUUUCCAAGAAAUCUACAGACGAACUGCGCCACAUUUACAAGCAUGCAGCGAAACGAAGACAGAAAAAUCUCGAGGGGAAUGACGCCAAUGCACAUAAGAACAGCAAUCUUGACCAUGGUGGUGGUCCUGCUAUCGAUUCAGCGAACUCUGUAAGGAAACACCAUAGGCAUAGUCAUUCUCGGUCUCGGGAACGCGAUGGUCAUCAUACUUAUCAUGACCAUCAUCAUCAUCGUCACCACGGUGAUUCGGAUGCCGAUGGCUCUUUUCGACACACAGAUAAGUACAACAGGGAUCGGGACAAUGCACGUUUUGAUAAUGCAUUCAAUCGACCUCCGCCUUCUUACGGAAUUUCACACCACUAUAACAGGUAUCGAGACCGGUCUUUCAUCCCUCGCAAUCGGCCCUUUCCUCAAGGUUCUCGUCGUACACAGGCACGCACGUUCAGUUCCCCAGUCCACCAGUCCUCUACACACAACACAACCACGGCGCCACUUCAGCGACCUGAAGGUCAUGUUCCUGUCUUUCUUAACAACCCACCACCAGUGGACUUCUCCCAAGUUCCUGUCCUGUUACCACCACCGCCACCACCCAGUUUCCCGGUUGACCCACCCCACUCUUUCUUUCCUCCACCUCCGGACCCAUCACUAUCAUCGAGUUCUUCACGUGAUCCGCGUCUCACGUCUGUCAGACGGUGACAGCAUUUGUCCCAGGGACUGCCCGUCAGUCUUUUCUAUGUACAAUUUUACAUCCCUCUCCCAUCCUGAGGAAGUCUAUUUUUUGUACAGAUAUUUUCAACUUGAGCAGUGGUUUCCGUAUUUGAAGACAGGCUUGUUCGCC